UGAAAGCUGAGACGGGGGGACGGUUGACUGCUGCUCCUGAAAUCAGCUCACAGCUCGGAUACAAAAACCAAGCGCGUCGCUCUUUUAGCGGCUCAGUUCUCCCGCAUCUCUUCCGUUACACCGACACUUUUAUCACUCACUCACUGCAGCACGUUUAGACCUGCAACUUAGACAAAACUUGGAUAACGCUCUUUUAUAAGUAUUUGUUUUUCCUGCAAACCUUCCUCUUGUGCUGCGACUGGUGUCAAAGGUGAUGGUAUCAUUUUCUAACAGAGGACUCCUCAGGUGAUGGUAUGUCUUUUUGGAGAUAGGGACCACUUUUGGAAACGUGCAAAGUUUUCCACAGCUGUUAUUUUUCCUGCUGUUACCUUCGCGUCGGCCCGAGCAUGGCUCUCUACUCUCGGUUUGUGGUCGUGCUGCUUUACGGAUGGAGUUAUCUGUGCGUUGGAUACUGCGCGAUGCUGAAAACGGACAGUUUCCCUCAGAGACGGACGGUGGAUUUUACGCAUUCGGAGGAUAAAAAGCAUCCCGCGAAGCACGAGCAGGAUCUGCUUUUACAGGAUACAAUGACGGAACACAUGCAGAUGCUUUACGCGAAGUACAACCGGGCUGGGUUUCCCUUCAAGGACGGCAACACGGUCCGCAGCUUCAAAGCGCACUGGGGUACGAUAAACAAGAAGCAGCUGCAAAUCUUCAACCUCACCUCCCUCACCAAGUCAGAGGACGUUCUGUCAGCCACUCUUCAUUAUUACAUUGGAGACCUCCAGAACAGCACGCAUGGCUGUUCCAGGUCCAAAAGCUGUGCCCGCCACGGCCCAAGGAGGCACAACCACAUACACAUGGUCAUCUGGAGCUUCGCCUCUGUGGAUAACAAGAUAAGGACUCUAGGACACUUUCGGAUCAAUGUGUCCACCCUCUACAGGGACUUCAUAUCUUGGCAGUGGAAGGACAUAACUCGUGUGGUCAACCAGGCCAAACACCAUGAUGAGUUGCUCAUCGGUAUCGAUGUGGCCUCACAAGGUCCUCAACCGUGGAAGAAGCUCCUGUCAGACAGAUCACCCUACAUCCUGGUCUACGCCAACGACUCUGCCAUUUCAGAACCUGAAAGUGUUGUAGCCACCCUCCAAAGACACCACUCAGUGGGAGGGGACGGCUCCAUUUCACACAACUUCCAAAAACUGGGACUGCGUGAGCGAAACGACACCGAACAAGAGCGGCCGCAGCCCAGACACAAGCGUUCAGUGAACGUUCUGCUUCCAUUACAAAACAACGAACUUCCCGGACCAGAAUAUCCGUACGAGACGACCGGGUGGGACGAGACGAGUCCGUACGAACCUUUUGAAAACAAGCAGGCCCGUAGGCCACGAAAAAAGACACGCAAGAAUCAGCGGCACAAGAUGCCCCUGCUGCAGUUCGACGAGCAGACAAUUAAAAAGGCGCGAAAGAAGCAGUGGAACGAGCCCAGGAACUGUGCUCGGAGGUACCUGAAAGUGGACUUUGCUGACAUCGGAUGGAGUGAAUGGAUUAUAUCGCCUAAAUCGUUUGAUGCCUACUACUGCUCAGGGUCCUGCCAGUUCCCAAUGCCAAAGGCUCUGAAGCCCUCGAACCACGCCACCAUCCAGAGCAUAGUGCGAGCAGUGGGCGUCGUCCCGGGCAUCCCCGAGCCGUGCUGCGUCCCAGAGAAGAUGUCCUCCCUCAGCAUCCUCUUCUUUGACGAGGACAAGAACGUGGUGCUGAAAGUCUACCCCAACAUGACUGUAGACUCGUGCGCCUGUAGAUAGUUUCUUUGUCCUUUAUCUCACACAGAAAAGACCAAAAAACAACAAAAAAAUAAUAAUAAUUCAACACAUGCAGCCAAAACGACACUCUCUCCUCCUGUCCCUCUGGUCUCACACUCUUUCACUCACAAACACCCAGCACACUUCCCUUUUGCACUGGAGGAGAGUCCUGCCUGUUGUUCCAGGUGAAGGAGACUGUUCAUGGGAAGGAACGGAUCGUGUGAGUUAUCCUCGUGGAAGAUGACUGGAAUGGAAAUCUCCAUGCUCCGAUUUCACCACUGUUUAUCUUUAUGUCUUUAUCACCGCCGCUCAGUUAUCCGUUGGGCGGGAGCAGCGUGAUGGGAUCAUAAACUCAAUAGCAAGAUAUACAAACACCGAUCGAGGCCUAAAAGAGAGGCAAAA